AUGUCUGAAGCCUAUCAACUUCCUCUUCCUCAUCUGAUUGUUUCAAUUCAAACGGAUCAUAUGAAUACUGAAAAUCAUAUCGACAAUAAUUUUGUCAUUUCAGAAGAAAUCAAGCGUACUAUUCAACGUGGUUUAGCUGAAACGGCAAAAAUAACAGAUGCUUGGAUUAUGACAAAUGGUAUAAAUCAUGCAAUGAACCGUCUAGUAGGAGAAGGAUUACACGAUAAUGUCUCUGAAAGUGAUGUUCCUUGUUUCGGUUUCUGUAGUUACCCAUAUUCAAAAGAUCGUAUUCAAUUACAAAAGAUGCCAGUAGAAAUACGGCAUUCAACCCGAGAUAAUGAUGACGCACACGAUCCUGAGAUAGGAUGUAUUGGAAAAUACAAUAGGAUCAGUUCAACUACUCACCUGACAUCUUUUGAGCUCCAGAAACAGUCUUGUAUUUACAGUUAUAAAUGCAAUCAUGUCAACGAUAGUUAUAACUUAGAACCAAAUCACACUCAUUUUGUUCUCUUUGAGCGUACUCACAAUGAUUGUGAGUACGAUCAAAGAGAACAAAAUGAGUGUGACGAAGUUAUUAGAACGCGCCACGAAAUCGAAUACGGACUUACAAAUCUUCUGAGUACAAAAGUGGUUGGUUAUGAUCAAUGGAAUGAAUUUGACGAAUGGAUCCCACUAGUUGUGUUAUUACUUGGUGGAAAUUUGAUGACACCACGCCAAUUAUGUUUCUACUUGGACAAAGAUAUACCAGUGGUCGUUGUUCGAGUAUGA